ACAAUUUUUCUUUCGAUUGAGUAUGGCUAAAAAACCACCUACUAAAUUAUUGAUACCACUUUAUUCCCUUUUAAUCAUAACAUUCACUCUAUGUCUCAUUCCAUCACAAAUCCACUCAUCAACUUUUGAAGGUGACAUUCUUUCUCUUCGUGAAAUAAAACAUGCCAUUGAUCCUAAUUCAAUUCCUCCAUCUUCUUAUAUCAAUAGUUGGGACUUUAGAGUUGACCCUUGUGAAGGCACUGGCUCACAAUUUCUUGGUAUAUUAUGUGAUUUACCUCUAGAUAACUCAUCAAGUAGAGUAACAGCAAUUGAUCUAGAUGGCAUUGGUUAUGAAGGUUUCUUAACAUCUUAUAUUGGAAACUUAACAGAAUUAACAGUACUAAAUCUCAACAAUAACAAGUUUAGAGGACCAAUACCAGAAACAAUUGGAAAAUUGAGAAAACUCACUAGACUCACAAUUUCAGAAAACUUUUUCACUGGUUUUAUACCUCAAGGAAUUACUCAACUUAAGAAACUUCAAUAUCUUGAUCUUUCUAGUAACCGCCUUUCGGGAACAAUUCCUAAUGAUAUGUCAGGUUUGAGAAGUUUAACAUAUUUGAGCAUCUCAAACAACAAUUUUUCAGGUAGAAUCCAAAAUCUUACAGGCUUGUGGCAAUUGAACACAUUAGACAUUAGUUUCAAUCAAUUUUAUGGGAAUUUACCAAAUCUUCCAAUGAGUUUAAGAAACUUGCACUUCAGUCAUAACAUACUUUCAGGACACAUAACACCUCUUAAGGAUCUUAUACACCUUAAAUGGAUAGAUAUAAGUGACAACAAAUUUUCAGGCGUUAUAAGAAGAGACGUUUUAUCCUUAAAAAAUGUUGUUCAUCUUAAUGUUUCUUUCAACAGAUUUGCAACAUUGGAUGUUGUUGAUUAUUCUGGACAAGGACAACAACUUAAAUUACUUGAGGCACAAGGUAACCAUUUGAAGGGUCGUUUACCAGUGAAUUUGGUGAGUUUUACAAAUUUGACUAUAUUAAAUUUAUCAAACAAUGAGUUUCAUGGUAUCAUUCCAAAGGAAUAUGGAAUGAAACUAAGAACAACAUGGAGAAGAUUGUAUUUGGAUCACAAUUUUCUUAUGGGGAAUCUUCCAUUGGAAUUCAGUCACAUAGCAACAAAUGUUAGAGGUAGUGUUGCAAAUAAUUGUCUCAAGUGUCCUACAAAUGUUGUUAUGUGUCAUGGAGGACAAAGACCUGCAACAGAAUGUGUUGGACAACACAAUGUAUGACAUUUCCAAAAAAAUCUCCUAACAAAAUGAUUUAUGGAAAAUCAAUGGACUACAAUAAGCAAGUUGAGUGGUUGUUUAUUUCAAUGUUGGGCUUAGUAUAUUAGUUAUAUCCAAAUAAAAAAUAAUUUUGUGAGAAAUUUA